ACUAUCGCCAGCGAGGGUCGACUGUUGUGAGAAAAAGCAGCGGACACAGCGGCAGCAGCAGCAGCAGCAGCAGCAGCAGCAUGGCGCCGCCGCUCCGGGCCCGACCGGCGCCCAUCGACCGCUUCACGGAUGCAUCCGCGUCUGCCAUCACCUCGGGCUUCUCGGCCGCCAUGGCACUGGGCCCACAGCCAAAGGCGGGGCCCAGCGAAUUCUCUGCCGCCUCGUCGACCGAGGGCGUCGAAUGGCUCCGGGACCUGCAGAGCGUCUCGGGCUUUGGAGGCACGGGCACGCCGGCCGACGAUGACGACGACGACGACGACGACGAGAGCGAGGGCGAGGGGUCCAAUGCUGCUGCUGCUGCUGCUGCUGCGGGGUCCAAGAGGAAGGGCGCCAAGAGGAGGACACUAGGUGGUGGUGGCAGCGGCAACAACAAGAAGAAAAGUAGCAGCAGCGGCGGUGGUGGUGGCGGUGGCGAGGAGGAGGACCAGGCGGCGGCGCGAAAGGCGCAGAACCGCAUUGCGCAGCGCGAGUUCCGCCAGCGCAAGCAGCAGUACAUCCGAGCGCUCGAGGCGCGUGUCGAGCUGCUGUCCAGCGACCACGACACCCAGGUCGACCGGCUACGCUAUGCGCUGCGAGGUCUUUUAGCUGAGAACAACCAGCUGCGGGCAUUUGUCAACAACCUUGCGUCGUUCAUUGGUCAGGCUGGCCUGGGCGGGCCGCUGCAGCGCGCAGGCAUGUCGCGGGAGGAGCUCCAGUCGAUCAUCUUUGGCUCGAGCGAAAAGACCAUGACGGAGUCGUGGCAGAACUGGCCGGGUGCAAAGGAGUGCGAGGCGCUGCGCAACAUUCGCAUGGAGUCGAACCUGCCCCCCGAGGGCCUGCCCGAGAGCCUUCCGCCCAAUGCGGCCACGACGGCAGCCAACAAGGCCCGCGCAGCAGAGUCUGCCGCCGCCGCCUCCUCCGCUGCUGCUGCCAAGGAUGACGACAGUGGCAGCCCCGGGAGCAACAAGAGGAAGUCGAGCAUCGACGAAGGGCCAAAGAAGCGCGGCCGGAAACCAAAACAGGCACAGGCACUCUCUUCCUCGUCGCCCUCGACGACGGACCAGACGCGGUCGCUGCCGUCGGCCUCGUCGCCAGCGGAGCAGAAUCAAGGCGAGCAGCCACAGCGACAACAGCAGCAACAGCAGCAGCAUUUACAGCAGCAGCAACUGCUCCAGCAACAGCAACAGAUGGUCGCAUUCAUGCAGCAGCAGCAGCAACAGGCCCCGCCCGAGCAGCCCUACAUGCAGGUGCUUGCCCAGCAGCUCGUGCGCGAUCCCCAGGUAUUCUCGCAGUACUUUGCAGCAGGCCCAGACUCGCUCAACCUCACCAAUGCCAAUGGCGCCCUCGCCUCGGCCUCUCCGUCACUCGAUGGCCCCGCAGGCCAGGACUCGAGCGCGCUGCUGGCCAGCCUGUUUGGCGUGCAGCCCAUGAUGCCCUUUUCCAAUGGCUCACCACCUUUUACCACGACGCCGGCCAAGACGACGACUCGGCAGGGCGAGCCCGACGAGGUGCGCAGGCUCCGCGCACUGGGACUGCGCGUCCUGGCCUCGCGAAAGGAGAAGCGCAAGGAGCGUGGCGAGCCAAACGAGGAGGCCGCAGCAAAGGCAGACGAGUCUGCGCUCGACCGACAGCAGCAGAUUGUCAUGCAGCUGGCCUACCACAUGGCCAACUACCGCCGGCAGCCGUCGUACGAGCUGCCGUCGAUGCUGAAGCCGUCGGAGAUCCAGCAGACGCGGCCCCACGACCCUUUACUGGACAUUAUGCCCUUUGUUGGGCUACGGCAGAACUGCAUCGCACACCAGGAUCGCCUUGACAUUGACGAGAUGAUCACUGUGCUGCUCGACAAUGUGCAGGUGCACGAGGGCGACGCCAUGGAUCUCGCCGCAUGGGAGAUUGAGCCCGGCUUUCUGUUUGCCUAUCCCUCCCUGAUUGACAGCCAGACGCUCGAGAGCUGCAACCGGUGGCGGCGAUCGCGCGGUCAGCGGGACCUCACAUUUGAGUGCCUGACGAUGGGCCGCCCUUCUGAUGCAUGAGUUGGCGAAACCUGGGCCAGUCAAAUGCCCCCUUUCGAUGCUUCUUAUCUCUACUUGUCACGCCCAUGUACUACUGUCUCGAUGUGAUAUCAUUCAUCAUGUGUCAUUGCCGCGCCAGAUUGCCAGAGGGGCGCAGCC